AUGUCAUCUUCAUGUGCGGUGUGUGAAAUGCCGUCGAGCGGUCUGCAUUUUGGCGUAUCAUGUUGCAGAGCGUGUGCAGCAUUCUUCCGUCGGACAUUAUCCCUGAAACUCAAGUAUAAAUGUAGAUUUUCUGGAAUGUGUGAAGUCACACAAAAAAAACGUUAUUCGUGUCGGCAUUGUCGUUUUCAGAAGUGUGUAAAGGUUGGUAUGCGAAAAGAAAUGGUACAGAUGGGAAAUGUGCAGAAUACUAUAGAUCCAUAUGAGACCACUAAACCAUCAUCAUCAAAUCCUGGAUCAAUUGCGUCCUAUUCAUCCUGUUCUCCUCCAGAACCAGCGUAUCGAAUUCCGGCAAUUGUACGAAAUGACAGUUAUCAGCAAACCAAUCAAAUAAAUGCUUAUGAUAGUCCAACGAAUUUGGACGUCUACACAAAUGCUCAGAUGAUUUUGAAGGCAAAAAUUGACGCAUUAUUUGAUAGGGAGUUCAACCUCAAUUCAUUUCCAUAUGCGAUUCCUCUAUCGGUCUGUCAGCAAGCGAUGAUUGCCUACACGAACCAUUCCCAGCAUUGGCAGCAGUGUAAACCUGGAAGAGAAACUUGGCAAGAAAAAAGUACAAAAACUUCAAAAACUAUGACAACAGAACGCUUGAUGGAUCAACUUAUUCUUAAUCCUGGACUUUGGACUGCAGCGAGUAGAGCUCUUCGGGAGGUGAAUGUCAUCGACGUGGAGCGAAUCCUUCUUGACACAUACAGUGAAAUAGAGUAUUUGGCAGAAUUCGCAAUGUCCUUACAACCUUUUAGUCAGCUUCCAAAAGAUCAGAAAUGGCUAUUAUUUCGGAAUUUCUGGCCGGGUUUUAGUGAACUUGAUCGAUGUUUUCAAACUUGUAAAAUUCUUGGCUAUGAUUUAAACGAUGAUCGUGCAGUGUUUUUGGAUGGAACAAUUAUGGAUCUUAAAGGACAAGUAACUAAACUACAUACUGUAUCUGAUCUCAAUGAGGAACAAGUAAUUAAGUUGAUGAAGCCGUCACAUGAUUUAUUUCGUGAACUCGUCACGUAUCCGUUCAAACGAUUGCGACCAAAUGAAUUUGAGCUGUUGUAUAUGGUGAUUUGCUGCAUGUGGAACGUAAAACACAUUCCGAACGUUACAAAGGAAACGAUUGAGGUAGCAGAACAGGUGAAAAAUCGUCUAGCAGAAGAUGUGCACAGCUAUUACACGUACGAACUUCGAACACCAAAUUAUGCUUCACGUCUUUUUAAAAUGAGCAGUAUUGUGGCGGCAGUUGAUAAACUUCAAGAACGAAGAAAAGAGGACAGCCAAUUGUCACGAUUAUUCAACAUCUUCAAACAGGACAUAUUCUUUAGUGAACUUGUAUGA